AUGGCAUCCCUUCUGGUCGGCGCCAGCCUGCUGAUCCACGACAAAAUCAAGGGUGAUAGAGCAAAGCGGCGAGAGAAGAAGCGCAAAGGCUAUGAGGUUCGCUACAGCGAGCUUGAGAAGGAACAUAAAUCUCACGAAGCAGAUGUACUACACCGCAAAUCCACUGGCGGCAGUAUGGGAAAUCAAGAUACCUCAGCACCCGGUCCAGCGCCAAGAAGCCGCAACAGCCAAGACAGUCUGCGGAGCAACCAAGAUGGACCGGCCAGAUGGGUCGAGGAAGCGCUGAAGGAGAACCAGUCGAAACAUUCAUGA